CGUGUGCGAUGGCCAAGCUUGACCUGCAGGUUCUCAAACACACAGUUCUGUGUUAUCAUUACCUCCCUACCAAGCGGCCCAGCCCGAGGAUCUGACCGGCAACUCCCUCACCUCCCUCUCCCCCCUCCCUCCCUCUCUCCCUGGGUGUCCCUCAAUUCUGGGCCCACCAUGGGAGGAUGCUUCUCCAAACCCAAACCAGUUGAAGUUAAAGUGGAACUCUCGCUCCUGGAAAAAGAAAAAGAGAUGGACGGGCUGUCACCAAAUGGCAAAGCGAGCCCCUUUAGUGACUGCAGACCUAACGGGGCCCUGGGACACGGCUCUGAUGACGACUCCACACCGCUCCCCCUCUACCACAAACCACGGGACUAUGUGGAGGCCUCCGUCUGUCAUGUUAAAGAUCUGGAAAACGGACAGAUGCGAGAGGUUGACCUGGGAAGCGGCAGAGCUUUGUUGAUCAAAGAACAUGGGGAGUUCUCAGCCAUGGGCCACAAGUGUCCACACUACGGGGCACCCCUGGUCAAAGGUGUGUUGUCAAAAGGACACGUGCGCUGUCCCUGGCACGGCGCGUGUUUCAACAUUGCAACGGGAGACAUCGAGGACUUCCCUGGGCUGGACAGCCUGCCUACCUUCCAGGUCAGAGUUGAAAAGGACAAGGUGAUCAUUCGUGCAAACAAGCAGGCUCUUCAGUCACAGAAAAGGUCAAAGCCCAUGGCCCGAUGCUCAGCAGUCAUUAACUCCAGCACGGGCUUCAGCCAUGUUCUCAUCAUUGGCUCAGGUCCAGCAGGUCUUGUGUGUGCAGAGACGCUGAGGCAAGAGGGCUUCACCGAUCGCAUCGUCAUGUGCACCAUGGACAGACAUCCUCCAUAUGACAGACCUAAACUGAGUAAGUCCUUAGAGAGCACAGCAGAGCAGCUGAGAUUGCGCUCCAUGGACUUCCUGCAGGACCAUGACAUUGAACUGCUCACAGAGAAAGAGGCGGUGGCAAUAGAUGUGAAAACACGAUCUGUCACCUUCGAAGAUGGCUUGAGGAUGGAGUACAGGAAACUCUUUAUUGCUACAGGAAGCAAACCCAAACCAAUGAACUACAAAGGCAAAGACGUCAGGAAUGUGUUUCACCUCCGGACGCCCGAGGAUGCUAACAGCGUAGCGAGGCUGGCCAACAACAAGAACGCUGUGAUUGUGGGAACAUCGUUUGUUGGCAUGGAAGUGGCUGCAGCUCUAACUGACAAGGCCCACUCGGUCUCUGUCAUCGGGAUUGAGACAGUCCCCUUUAAAAAAGCUCUCGGGGAGAAAGUAGGGAAAGCCAUAAUGAAGCUAUUUGAGGCAAACAGGGUGAAGUUCUACAUGCUGAAUGAGGUGUCAGAGAUGAUUGGCCAUCAUGGACAGUUGAAAGAGGUGGUGCUGAAGAGCGGAAAAGUCCUGCGGGCAGACGUGUGCGUCAUCGGGGCAGGAAGUGUUCCUGCAACAGGAUUCCUCAAACAAAGCGGCAUCCACAUGGACUCCAAGGGCUUCAUCACUGUCAACAAGAUGAUGCAGACAAAUGCUGAUGGGGUCUUUGCUGGAGGAGAUAUGGUGAUCUUUCCUUUCCCGCCACGCAACAACAAGAAGGUGAACAUCCCUCACUGGCAAAUGGCUCAUGUACACGGAAGGGUGGCAGCUCUCAGCAUGAUGGGCAGAGCCACUGAGAUCAAAACUGUGCCUUACUUCUGGUCAGCCAUGUUUGGGAAGACCAUACGCUAUGCAGGUUAUGGUGAUGGAUUUGAUGAUGUCAUUAUACAAGGAGAUCUGGAUGAACUGAGAUUUGUGGCGUUUUACACCAGGAGUGAGGAGGUGGUUGCUGUUGCCAGCAUGAACUAUGAUCCCAUUGUAUCCCGAGUGGCAGAGGUCUUAGGAUCCGGAAAGACGAUUAAGAAACGAGAUGUGGAGCUUUUUUUUGUGGUUUGCAGGACUGGAGACAUUUCUUGGUUGAUUGACAAAGGCUCUCAAUGACUUCACAUCUGACAGUCACAAGGACAGAUCCAAAGUCCACCUCAAUAUAGACACUUAUGGUGCUGAGACACUGAGCAGCUAUCCCGGU